AUCAUCUUUGUCCCAGCUGAAGCACAGGCUGGGACAAAGUCCAGGAAGUGAGUGUGGGACUAGCACUCCUCUGUGCUCACUCCUGUCCUAUCAGACUGCAGCAUGAAAACAGAGAGGAGGAGGUUACAGAGCAGCCUGCAGUGAUUGGAUGAAGAGACACAGCACAGCAGAUUCAGGGAGGAAAUUAAUGCAUAAUAAGUGAGGGCGGGCUCAGUGCUUGCCUUGGACAUGCCCCUUCCUGAGCAGUGGAUGUCGAAUGAGUGAGCAGCAGAACAGAGGGAUUUGGGAGCCAAAUACAGAAGCUAGACACAUAAAAAUAGACAUGUAAAGGAUCUACAUGGCCCAGUGAGUAACAUAUAGAAGCAUUAUGUUUUUCUGUGAUAUGGAAGGUGAACCAAAAUCAAAGCCAAAUUUCUGUGACCAAAUGAUACCCGACAGGACAUGGCCUGGUUAUAAAUCGCCGCUGUCUGCCAUGAAUGCAUUAUCAGGGAGGACGUGGGCGUGUAAACUUUUUUUAUCAGCUCACAGGUGCUGCAGCCUCUCCCUGAUUCUGGAAGCAGAGACAUCAGGACAGGAAAGUGACAGCAAAUCCCUGCAGCCUCUCCAUCUUAUCUACCCAAUCUCCACGAUAGACCUGGAUCUGCAGACAGAGAUCCUCAUCUGACAAUCUCCUAGACCAGUCUACAGAGGGUACUGAUCAUUUAUUCCCUUAAUUUCAAAAACAGACCCGGAUAUGAAGUUGGAGGGUUCUGAUUACAAUCUCAUCUCCAAAGUCUCCGAAAUAGACCUGGAUCUGCAGAUUGAGGGUCCUGACACAAAAUCUUAUUUCUCCAAUCUUUAGAGUGGACCCGGAUCUGAUUAGGGAGGGUUCAGAUUCACAAUCUCAUCUCUGAAUAUGUAGAAUAGACUUGGAACUGCAAACAGAAGAUCCUGACACAAUCGCAUAUACCCAGUCUCUGAAAUAGACCUGGAUCUGCAGACAGAGUAUCCUGAUUUACAGUCUCUUCUCAUUGUCUCUGGAAUAGACCUGGACCUGCAGGAAGAGACUUGAUGCUCUGCUCAGUAUUCCAUGACGCAGAUGGUCCACCCAAUCUCUGUGCUCUGAGGAAUAUUCCAGUUGACCAGAACCUACAAUCAUGGUGGGAUUCUUGAUCCAGCUGAUCCUAAAUCCUCCGACUCCUCAAGAUGACUCUCCAUUUUCCAUCUUGUCUACCAUGAACUUCUCGCCAGCUGUUUCAGGGAGCGCUUCCUCUGCCCCCUUGGUCACCAAGACUAACAUUCCAUACUUGUUGACAGAAGUGCUGACGGCAGUCAUCUCAGUGGUGGGAAACACUCUAAUCUGCCUGGCAAUUAUAAAUGACCGCAGGCUUCGCACCGUCACUAACAACUUCCUGUUGUCUCUGGCUACUGCGGACAUACUAGUGGGAGCUGUGGCCAUCCCCUGUGCCAUCAUGCUGGACCUGGGCGUUUCAAAUUGCAGUCUAUAUUCCUGUUUACUCAUGCUCUGUAACCUCAUGACAUUUUCUUUGGCAUCCAUUUUUGGACUCCUCGCGGUAGCAGUAGAGCGCUACAUCUCCAUUUUGCGUCCCUUCCACUACCGGGCUCUGGUCACGCCGCGGUCUUCGGUAAUAGUGAUAAUCUGCACCUGGAUGUUGGCAGCACUCGCUGGCUUGAUGCCACUUAUGGGUUGGCGUCAACCAUUCCCUCCUGAACGGGAGUGCCUCUUCAGUAGCCUCAUCUCAGAAUCUUACAUGGUCUACCUUAUAUUUUUUGGCUGCGUGGUUUCACCACUGAUCACCAUGCUUGUGCUCUACGCUCGUAUCUUCCUGGAGAUUCGGAGGCAGAUCCGACAGAUUGCAGAAUGGGCGGUGGACAUGAGCCGAAGGAGGAGGAGGCGACGUGUUCUGGUCAGGGAGUUCCGAAUGGCCACGUCGCUGUUCCUCGUCGUCUUCUGCUUCGUUGUUUGCUGGUUCCCUAUUCAUAUCCUUAAUGUUAUACGACUCUUCUGCCCUCAGUGUGUGGUACCCACAGACCUUGUGCUCUCCGCUGUCAUUCUCUCUCAUGCCAAUUCUGCUAUUAAUCCCAUUAUUUAUGUUUUUCGGAUGAGGACAUUCCGACGGGCGAUAGAAGCCACCUUGUCCUGCUCGUGUGGCUUCGGUGCUGUGGGAAGUGUCACUGCUUCCAGCAUGGGAAAGGCUGCCCAUGAACAGAGAGGUGAAGGCAACUUAAGGGAUAUUCCUCUGCCUGGAACCUAAAUGUGAAAAGGGGAAGAAGAACAAAAAUAACACCCUGAAAGGCUUGGUGUGUGGACACCCAAUUUCCAACACAUCCAGAAAACCAAAUAAGUCGUACUGAUAUAUAGAAAUACAUUUAUUUGGUACUGCUCUACGUAAGUGUCAGCUUUCACUGUAUUACUGUCAUUCUAUUCCUGAAAUAGGAAGCCCUGGAUGAACAGAUGUAUAGUGGUUACCAGAUUUAGAAAUGCUAUAGCAGAAAACGGUGCCAAAUGUGCAUCCAUGGCUGUGGUGAGUUCUGGAGAGGGUUAGGUGUUUGACAUAGACAAUUAUGUAAUAACGUGGAAUAAACAUCAUGCAAAUGUUUAUUAAAAAAAAAAAACUUGAUACUGGUGAUCCAGACUUGGAACAGAAGCGACAUAACUAGUGCGGUCACAUAGGGGGCACUGCUGGGACAUAAGGGUAUGCUCACACAAUGAGGAGAUGCAAUAGG